AGGGUGAGGGUGAGGGGGAUGGGCAGCGAGACAUGAAUGUCAAGACGACGACUCGAAAAAGAGAUUUCGAACCGAUGAUACUCGCUCUCGUCUCCCUCCUUCAUUCCCCCGCUUCAACGAGUCCAGGUGUGAACCCGAACGAGUUUGAUGACCCCGCCAGACAACUGUUGGGCAGGAUCUUGCAGAUCAUGAGCGAACGCGCAGGGUGGAGACCAGGCGUGAUGGGCUUGUUACUCGAUGAGAGGGUGAUCAGUGGAAAGGCGAGAGAUGCCAUCUGGAGGUGGUUGCAUCAGCAAAGACAGACGCUCGCCGAUACAGACGGAGACCCGAAUCGGGAUCGGCACCAGGAGCAGGAUUUCUGGUUCAGAAGAACCGAGGUCGAAAGGUGGAUGCAUCAACACGUUCAGGAAGCUCUUUUCGUGCCCGUUUACGAAUCGGACGGUGUCGAAGGCGACUGGUUAAGGUUCCGGGAGGAAGACCACUUGCAAGCGUUGGCGAUGGGAAAGACGACGGCGAGGAUGAGCGAAAUCUUGUUCCGCUCGGCGUUACGGGACGAAGAGUUCGAAUACGCUCGUACGAAUUUCCGCGUGUCGAACGAGAUUGGUAUGCAGGCCAGGUCAGAGGCUGUUCCUGCUGAUGAGCCGAAUCCGAGCUCAGUGAACGGCCAGGUCAGGGAUCUGUCGAGAGCGUUAGCGAUGGCGGGGAUGAGCAAGAACAAGACCAUCUCACAGGAUCUGGUUGGUGUCGUUGAACGCACGGCCAAGAACGCCACAGACGCGAACCUUUACCAACUACGGAGCCGGGCCUGGGUGGGAUUGCUCGGCAAAUACGGAUUGAGCAGGGACAUUCAUAAUCGAGAAUGGCUCGAGAUCUGUGCGCAGGUCCCGCCCGAGUUGUAUGACGAUCGUGGAAUCUUGACGACCCAGUUAGGCUAUCACCGAAUCAGAAAUCUGCCAGACAUGGCCUGGCGAUGUUGGCAGCGACUCGCCGAUUCGAAACGGCUCGACGCAGCGAUCGUCACGCUCGGAGCCAAGCUCAAAUUUGCUGAAUCUGGACCUGAAGAAGCGAUCGCGUUUGUAGACGACUGGGCUGUGCGUCGGGACAAACAGCAAGAUGAGGACGCGCUGCGAGUCCACGUCGACUACGCGACCGUUAAUGCUUUGUUGAACAUUGCACGGCGCAGUAUUCGGCCCGACCUGGCGACCUGGUUAUGGCAAAACAUGAAGAGCAGAUGGGGCGUGGAGCCGGACGAUCUCAGCCUGGCUCGUCUGAUCAGAUGCGCCGAUGCAGCGCAUUUAAAUCGGAUCCAUGCACUGGGACUGAAUCGUUGGGAACAGUAUCCAGAAUUACCCAAAGCCAUGCAGGAGUCGCCGACUUCCGAGCGCUUCGCAGUUGAUGCAACUUUCGAAUGGCAAGACGUUGCGGGGAUCUUCCGUGACAUUGCACUACGUACCUACCCCUCGUUACGAUCAGUCACUUCACCCAUGGAGGAUGGCCGUAUCGUCGACGCCUUCAGGGAGCUUGUCUCAUCGGGACAUCUGCCAACGAAGCUUGUCGAGGAUCAUCACGCCCUUGUACAGCAGGGAUUGAUUUCCAAGCGCUCCCUACCGACUGCAUCUCCGUUACCAGUAAUGAACCUAACGUCAGGAAGUUUCCACGCCUACAUUGCCAUGCUCUUGCACCAACGUCUUCCCGACGAGGCGGUCCUUGCACUGGGCUGGAUGAAACACUUGUCAAUCUACCCAAGUAGGCCCACCUUGAUGGCGGUGUUGCGUUAUCUAGCCGAGAGUGGACAGCCGAAGGACGUACGUUUCUUGAAGGAAAGGGAGGGAUGGGGGAGGUAUCGACUCAUGGCGCCAGACGAGUGGCUCCGACACUGGCUCGAACAGUGGUUGGGAUCGACGCAAACCCCUUCAGACGAUGACGUAGCGGAAUUUGUUAGGGUUCGGCUAAAUAGGUCUUAGCGUACGCAUCCGUGUACAACGCAUCCCCGCUCACAAUGGAUUGACAAAUUUAGCACCCUUCUCUUGAUCAAAAUUUCCAAGCAACGAU